AUGAAGGGGUUUUGGGAUGCUGUUGAUGGAGAAGGAGGGUUAUCAGGAGCGGAUGUAGGGGAAAUGGAAGAUUGGUUUGGUACAACAUCACCGUCCCCAGCAAUGCAACCACUUAAGGCGACCGUUGGUUCAGAAGAUGAUUGGUGGAUGGGGGUUGGGAGGGAUAACUCCGGGGAGUUAGAGGUAGGUUGGUGUGGGGGAAACCGAUGGGGUACCACUAUUCCCAGCAAUACAACCAGUAAAGGCGGCCACUGGUUCAAGGAAUGGUGGUUGAUGGUAUUGAUUGGGAGUGCAGUUGGGGUUAGGUCUUGGAGGGUAGGGUAUGAUGAUGUCAUCAUCAGGAUCAAGAUUAGUAAGGACCGGAGGAGGUAAUUUGCUGGAGUGAACACGGGAUGAAGCACAAGUAACGCGUCACUACAGGGGGAAGAGGGAUUAGUGGAUUUGGGAUAUGACAUUGGGAGAUUGGGUGGAAGGGGGGUCACAAAAACAAACAUCUUGAUUAGUAUCAUUAAUUAUCGAAGACGAAGGACAAGACAUUGGACUAGACACGUUACGAGACAUGGAUAAGGAUGCUUCAGCCAAUAGCUUAACUCUCGAUCUGCGACUACGUCUUCAAGGAGUAAUGGUGUUGUUAUUCUCUGAUACUUCAAGAUCAAC